AUGUCAUUUAACGAAUGGGCCCAGCCCAACGAUGUCAAUUUCAGCAGCUUUACUUCCCUUAAUCAAAUUCUACCUGCGAGUUGCGACCGAAGCGGCCAUUACUUUCAUGCUCCUAUCACGGCUCUCCCUCCCCCACCUCAAACGACUCUCGAACGACAGGGAAACCUUCGAAAGCGAUGGACGACUGAGAUCUUCGGUAGUCCUUUUCUCUACGCAUGUUCUUCUCCAUUGUCGUCAACACUGACCAAAUCGACGCCAUGGAUUAAGGUUUGCCUUCAGUCGACGCUGAAAAUGUUGAAUUCGGUUAUGGGGUUGUUAGGGAUGGCCGUGAUUAUGUACUCUCUAUGGAUGAUUCGAUCUUGUCUCCGGCAAUUAUGCGAGUUUUCUCGGAACUUCUCUGAAUCCAGCUCCAGCCCUUCAUGGUUUGUUUUCACUUUCCUUGGAUUAGGAAUCUUCUUGUGUGUGCUAACUUGCUCAGGACACAUAGCUGCUGAAACCAUUAACAGCCAUUGCCUUUCUUGUUAUUCUGUGUUCCUCUUCUUUCUGCUUGUUCUAGAGGCCUCAAUCACUGCAGAUGUAUUUCUGAACAAAAACUGGGAAGAGGCUUUUCCGCAUGAUCGAACUGGUAGUUUCAAUCGGUUUAAAGAAUUUGUCGGGUCGAAUUCUGGAUUGUGUAAAUGGAUUGGCCUUCUGGUUUUGGCUGUCCAGGUAUUGUCCAUCUUCACCGCAAUGGUUCUCAGGGCUUUAGGACCAGAACAUAGGCUGCUUGAGGAGAGUGAUGAUGAUGAUGAUGUUUCUUUGCCUGCAAUGCUUCCUCUCUUGAAAAACCAGACUCAUAUUAUGGCUGAUCGAAAAUUCCCAGGGAGCAAUGCCUCUUGGAUCAUUCGGAUUCCUGAUGUGAUUUGUAGAUGAUAGAUAUUAUUAAAUCAAGCUUUCAGGAUGCAGCGAGCUGCUAUUUUAAUCAGUUUGGCUCUUCUGCACCCCCAGCUGACACACACCUUCUAUUUCUAAAUAGGUAAGGGAGGAUUAUCAUAUGCAAAACACAAUGGUUGUUAUAGGUUUUCUUCAAUUCAUUAGGGGUAAUUUGCAAUUUUACUGUUAAUGAAGCCUUGCCUUGAUUUGCAUUUACAUAUCAGACACCUAAAUUUUAAUAUUUACAUUUGUAACACUCAAAACAUUUAACAUGCAUUAAAACUACUGUCUCAACGCCGCGAUGAUAUAAAUGUAAAUAUU